UACAAAGGAAAGAAAAUAAAUGAGAAAAGAAGACUAAAGGUUUCUUCAUCGACAUGGUAAAGUAGUACUACUAAUAUGGAACCUUCUCCAUUAUUAUUAGCUUACUUUACCAUCUCCCAGUAGAUUUAGACGGAGGAGAAAGAGACAAAGGGCGAUGACUACGGCGGAGACAGAGUACUCAAAGGCCAAAACAUCUGUUUGGUGGGAUAUAGAAAACUGUGAGGUCCCUAAAGGAUGGGAUGCACAUGCAAUUGCUCAGAAUGUGAGUUCUGCUUUGUUGAAUAUGAACUACGGUGGUCCUGUCUCAAUCUCUGCGUAUGGAGACACUAAUCUGAUCCCUCACCCUGUUCAGCAAGCCCUCUCUUCUACUGGUGUUGGUCUUCAUCACGUCCCUGCAGGAGUGAAAGAUGCGAGUGAUAAGAAGAUACUAGUAGAUAUGUUGUUGUGGGCUGUAGACAACCCUGCACCAGCCAACUUCAUGCUCAUCUCUGGUGAUAGAGACUUCUCAAAUGCUCUUCACCAGCUGAGUAUGAGGAGAUACACUAUUCUCCUAGCUCAACCUCCACGUGCCUCUGCUCCACUUGUUGCUGCUGCAAAAAAUGUAUGGCUCUGGACAAGUUUAGCAUCUGGUGGUCCUCCUCUUACAAGUGGUGAAUCCUCCAGGCUUGUUAACAAUGGACGUGGUCUUGUUUCUAAUAAUGAAACAUCAAAAGAUUCAGUUUCUGAACAAGCUCAGUCUAGCAAACCUACUGGCUCAACCUCUGUCGUUGGAGAUACUAAGGAUCACAAAGCCAGAGAAAACCAUGUUCCGAGAGUAGUAUUACCUCAGGAUAAAAGCAGAGCUGAAUCUGUUACUCUUUCAGAUAGCAUCAAAAAUGUAGCUGCGCAACACUCAGAUAAAAGACAUACAUCUCAGGCUGCUUCUGUACCCAAUCAGAAAACUCAGGCCAGCAAUAAAGCCAAAAUUGUACAGGAAGCUAAGCUUUUGGAACCUGUAUUGUGCAGUGUUUGCCAGAUCAGUUGCGCCAGUAAGGAUGCAUAUAAAAUGCAUACCUAUGGUAAAAGACACAGAAACAACUUGGAGAUGCAAUCAGGUAAGUCUGAAACCAUGCCGCGUGGGCCUGUUGGGGUCUCUAAAGAGGUUCUUGAGAAACAGAAGAAUAAUAAGAACGCUAGUGAACCAAAAGGUGACUUUCAUUGUCGUUUGUGCAAUGUGACAUGUCAGAGACAAGUGGUUUUUGAUUCUCAUCUGAGGGGUCAGAAGCAUGCUGCUGCCAUACUGAGUCAAUCAGAGGCACUCAUUGAUUCUAAGAAGCUUGAAGAGAAAGUUUACAGAGAAAAGGAUCAACCAAAAGAAGCUGUUGCAGAGCCUAAACCAAAUGCUAACUAUCAUUGUCGUUUGUGCAAUGUGACAUGCCAGAGUCAAGUUGUCUUUGAUUCUCAUCUAAGGGGUCAGAAGCACACUUCCAUGCUGAGUCAAUCAAAGGAACUCAUUGGUUCUAAGAAGAUUCAAGAGAAAGGUCUCGUAGAAAAAGAUGGAGCAAGAGAAACAAUUGCAGAGCCUAAACCAAACACUGUCUACGUUUGUAGUUUGUGCAAUGUGACAUGCCAAAGUCAAAUAGUUUUUGAUUCUCAUCUAAGAGGUCAGAAGCAUGUUGCCAUGCUGAGUCAAUCUGAGGCACUCCUUGAUUCUAAGAAGCUUCAAGAGAAAGGAGUUGGGAAAAAGGAUCAACCAAGAGAAACAAUUGCACAGCCUCUGUUGCAGUCUCAACACGCCCAAGAGAAUAGCAAGUGCUCUGAGAAGCAUGUUGCCUCAGUAACUCAAGCGGAGUUACUUGUUAAUUCUUGGAUGCUUGAAGAGAAAGUUGUCCAAGAAACGUUUCUACCAAUAGAAACAAUUGCAGAGCCUCAGUCACAGUUUCAAAACAGUCAAGAGGCCACCAAGUUCUUUGAGAAGCCAAACGUUGAGUUCAAAGAGGUAUAUAGCACCUCAAAAAGCUGUGUAAAAGAAAAAAGUUCAAGUACUAAAGAGUGGGUAGAUACUGUUUUCUUCGGUGAUUUUGGAGCAUCAGAGAAAGCAAGAGAAUGUUUUGAUGGCACUGUCAAGCCUGUAAACCUGUCUGAAAGAGCAACUGAGAAGGGAAAGGAUGAGCUGCAGCAAAAGCAAACUACGCCUGGCCUUGUAGUCAGUGAUGGUGCUAAGUCCCGCGUUAUAACAAAGGAACCAGAAGUCUUGCAGCCAGUGUGGUGCCAAGUCUGUCAGAUGAGCUGCAGCAGCAAGGUUGCAUAUGCAAAUCACACAUAUGGGAAAAAACACAGGCAGGCGUUGGAGUUGCAAUAUGCCAAGAAUGAGAACAUGUCUAAGGAACAAGCCAACCUUUCUAUAGAGAAUGCAGAGAGGACGAACAACGUAUUGAGAAAAAACCAAACCGCCUUUGAUUAUCAGAACCAUGCUGCCAUGAUCAAGGAGCAAACAGAGAAGGCAUUUGUUGAUUCACAGAGAACUCGCCAAAGAGCAAUGGAACAUCCAUUGGGCAAAGCAGAGGCAACAAAGGAGCACACACUUGUAAAGACCGAGGAUAAAGAGGAAGUGAAGGAGAUAAACGCCAUAUCUCAGAACCUAACGCGUGCCUACACUGGAAUGAGUCAAGAGUCUAGUAUACACAAAGAAUCAAGAGGAUGUUUGGAUGUGGUUCCUGAGAGAUUACAACUUCCAGCAGAUGGGAAUGUGUUCAAGAAGUUUGAAGAUGGGUCCAAGCUUAGACCCCAAUCAAAACCACAGGAACCCUUAAAGGAGUCUGCAGGACUUAAGGAGCAACCCGGAGUGGCUGCCAAGAGGGAAGAUGCUAAGGUCCAAAACUGUACAAUUGUCUGAUUUAAAAACUGUUGUUAAUGGUCAACUAUCACAUUAUAUAUCUAUUGUUAGUUGAUGUUCUAAUGAGAUAAUAUUAACGUUAAGCAAUGAUUUGAAACAAUAAUUAAAACAUAUCCUGCUGUAAAGCUCUCCAAUCGUUUCUCCUAUAGUCAAG